AUGCCGCAGAUUUUCGAUGAUUCAUUAUCAACUAAAUCUUUAUAUUCAGACGAUCCUAUCGAUCGAUAUAUUUUCGAUCAUUCGCUUCGUUAUACACCUGAACAACUUGAACUUUUGGAAGAUAUUAAAAAUUUACCAGAACAUAUUCAACCAUGGUUAGGAUCAACAGAUGAAGCACAAUUUUUUCAAAUACUUAUUCGACUUAUGAAUGGCAAACGAGCAAUCGAAAUUGGAACAUUUACUGGUUAUACAUCAUUAACUAUUGCUUUAGCACUUCCAUCUGAUGGUGAAUUAAUAACAUGUGAUAUAAGUGAUAAAUAUAUUCGUCAAGACAUAUGGAUUAAAGCUGGUGUUCGAAAUAAAAUUAAUUUACAAAUUCGACCAGCUUUAGAAACUCUGAAUGAUUUACUUGAAAAGUAUGGUCCAAAUUCAUUUGAUUUCAUUUUUAUUGAUGGUGAUAAAGAAAAUUAUAUUCAAUAUUAUGAAUUAUCACUUCAAUUAAUACAUCCAAAUGGUUUAAUUGCAAUUGAUAAUACUUUAUGGAAUGGAUGGGUAUUAGAUGAAACUGAUACAUCAAUUGAAACAAUAACAAUACGCCAAAUAAAUGAACUUAUUAAGAAUGAUAAUCGUGUUGAUAUUAGUUUUUUAAGAUUAGGCGAUGGAACAACAUUUUUUAUUAUUCACGAAUGUUUUUCUUCGAUACAUAUUUCUCCGACCCGUAAUCAAUUGCAAUAUAGUUUUAUAAGAACACAUUCUGAUAAGAUAAAUGAACGUUUUAAAAGACGUACAACGCUAGAUAUAUUUCAAAUUCAUAUUCAUUAUGAUACAAGUGUUAAAAAAUUAUUAAAAGAUGAACAAAGAUUAAUUAAAGAAGCUGCUGAAGCUGCAACUAAUUAUUGGAGUAAAACUAUUCGACCGAAAUAUAAAUUAAAUAAUCGAAUACGGUUAACAAGACAAUGUCCAUCAAGAAAAAUGUUUAUUGUUGAAAAUGAUUAUUCUAUACAUUAUUGUUCAGAAAAAUGUUUAGAUGAAACACAUUGUGGUGAUAUUAUUGUACCUGAAGAACAUUUGCAACAAUGUCAUGUUUGCAACAAUGCUAAAAAAUGUGAACGUAUUGGUACAAAAGGUUAUGGUGUUAAUGCUGAAUUUAUUUUGUAUGUAUCAGCACUUGAAACAAAUCGAUGUGAACCAGUUGAUACAUUGGCUACAGCAUCUUUUUGUCAAUUAGAAUCUGAACAAGAUAGGUAAAUAGAAUAAAAUUAAGAUGUUUAAUGAUUGACUGAUAAAGAUUGAUUUAAAUUAGAUAAUAAUUUGAUGUCAAGAACGAAAUCAGUUCGAUUCAAUAGAAUCAAACUUCAUCAAUUUACAUAUCUUUUUUAGAAUGCUUAGGAAAGCAUGAUGAUAGUAUUGGUCGAUCAAGUUUAAUCUUAAUGUGUGCAUAAUUGUAUAGUUUAUAGUACAUGUGAAUGUCACUUAUCUAUGAAAAGCCCGCUUGAAUUCUAAUGAAACAUAUGUAUAGCAUGGAAGAUAACCUUCAUUUUUUUUAAAAUUUGGUUUAGUAAAGAUUAUUUAUAUGUUAUAUUAGUUAAUGCGAUUGAUAGCUCCCUGUUGCAUCUCUCUUAAUUAACUAUAAAGGAUCGUCCAAAAUUUAUCUAUUUUGAUAGCAUAUAAUAGAUUUGAUCUAUCAAAACACGAGCUAUACUUUUGAAGAGUCAGCCUUUAUCGUAGCUGCUCGUGCGCCCUUAUCUUCGUUUUCUCUUUCAUCCCCACCUAGAUAUGCACCCACAGCUUAGUUCUUUUUAUUUGAUAGCAAGAGCCAUAUAUCCCCCCGGUCAUGAAAAACCGAAAAGCUUGUUUCUUUGAUUUCUCUAUGAUGGAACAUCUUUUAGGUCCCAUAUUUAUACCACAGAUAGACCUUGCGUUACUCUAUCUGCUGGCAAAGUUUCAGCGAU